AUGAUUUCAAUCAACUUUAUCAUGUUAAUUGCGCUUUGCGGAGCCAUUAGCUCGGCGCAUCCGUUGGAAAAGCGACAGGAUGCUGAUUCCUGGAGACUGUAUGCAUACGGCGAUGACAUUAAUGGACUGCCCAUAUUUUAUGCAGAUGGUCAAGCUCAAUUAGGUGACAUAAAUCUCUCAAAUGCAACCAACAAGUUCCCAGUCACCAUAUCAUUUGGUGACAGCAAAACAACUUGGGUGGCUCACCCCGAGAACACCAACACUACUACGCCUGCCGCUUUCACCACAGGAGGUAGCGUCUCCCCCACCAACCUGCUAGCUAUAGCCAAUACAGACUCCAUAACUAGCCCGGUCAUAUUUACUACCUCAAACGGAACGUCAGGCACAGAUGCAAGUGCUCCAUCGAAUACAGCUGGAACCUCGGCUCCAUUGACCGAUGUAUGGACGCUAUACGGGAAUACUGUUAUCCUCAAUCAGACCAAUGCAGAUUUCUAUGCCCAACCGACUGGCAAGGAUGGCUGGUAUAUUCUCCUUUGGGGUUCAACUGACCAAGCAGCUGUCGGAAACACGCCAGUUACUGUCAGGACGAUUGCCCCGGCAUCUGGCUAG